CGGCUCGGCUCGGCUCGGCGCGGACCAUGUCGCCAUGUCGGAAGUGAGGAAGUUCACCAAGCGGCUCAGCAAGCCGGGCACGGCGGCCGAGCUGCGGCAGAGCGUCUCGGAGGCGGUGCGCAGCUCCUUCGUCCUGGAAAAAACRAAAGUGGUGGAACCUUUGGACUAUGAGAACGUGAUCCUUCAACGCAGAGUUCAGAUCUACAGCGAUCCCCUGCGGGACCUGCUGAUAUUUCCCAUCGAAGAUGUGUCUAUCUCGGUCAUCGGCCGGCAGAGAAGGACUGUCCAGUCCACGGUGCCAGAAGAUGCUCUCAAGAAAGCUCAGAGUCUCUUUGUCAAAGAGUGCAUUAAAACCUACAGCUCCGACUGGCACGUGGUAAACUACAAAUAUGAGGAAUACUCGGGAGACUUUCGGAUGUUGCCAUGCAAAUCCUUUAGGCCAGACAAGAUUCCUAGCCAUGUGUUUGAAAUUGAUGAAGACUUUGAAAAGGAUGAGGAUUCCUCUUCCCUGUGCUCCCAGAAGGGYGGUGUGAUAAAGCAGGGCUGGCUGCACAAAGCAAAUGUCAACAGCACCAUCACUGUCACCAUGAAGGUAUUCAAGAGGAGGUAUUUUUACUUGUCACAACUCACAGAUGGCUCCUAUAUUCUGAAUUCCUACAAAGAUGAAAAAAUUUCAAAAGAAUCCAAAGGCUGCAUUUUCCUGGAUGCUUGCAAUGAUGUGGUUCAGUGCCCCAAAAUGCGCCGCUACGCUUUUGAGCUGAAGACAAUAGACAAGUACAGCCACUACCUCGCAGCUGAAACRGAGCAGGAGAUGGAGGAAUGGCUGGUGACUCUGAGGAAGAUCAUUCAGAGCAACACUGAGAGCCUGGUGCAGGAGAAGAAGGAUGCUGUGGAAUCUGUGCAAGAUGAUGAAUCGAGCACGCAGGGAAAGUCAGAGAACAUCCUGGAGAGCCUGGAGAGAAGCAUGCAUCCUGAGCUGAUGAAGUAUGGAAGAGAAACAGAUCAGCUGAACAAACUGAGCAGAAAUGAUGGAAGACAAAACAUCUUUUCUUUCGACCCAGAAGUCCAGAGACUCGACUUCUCGGGGAUUGAGCCAGAUGUGAAGCCUUUUGAGGAAAAGUGCAGCAGACGCUUUGUGGUUUGCUGCCAGGACUUCUCCCUCAACCUCCUYGCUCAGCUCAGUGACAGGGCAGAAGAAGGACCCACCAAUGUUGAGCCCUUUUUCCUAAGCUUGGCAUUGUUCGACCUGAAGAAUAAUCGCAAGAUCUCAGCUGACUUCCACGUGGACCUGAACCCUCCGUGYGUGCGGGACAUGCUGCUGGAUACCCCCGAGCCCGGGGCCGAGGGCACCCAGGGGCGCCCGCCCGGAGAGAGCCUCGUGCACGGCGUGCCUGAGUCCUGCCUGCGCUACAUCAGACGGGGUGUGUUCUCCGUGACCGACCCGCAYGUGGAGAUCUUCCUGGUGGCCCGUGUGGAGAAGGUGCUGCAGGGCAGCAUYGCCCACUGUGUGGAGCCCUACAUGAAAAACUCGGACCCCGGGAAGACUGCCCAGAAGGUCCAUAAGGUGGCCAAGCAGGUGUGCAGCCGUCUGGGGCAGUACCGGAUGCCCUUCGGAUGGGCUGCCAGACCAGUUUUCAARGACUCCCAGGGCACUCUUGAUGCUGAUGGAAAAUUCUCACCCCUGUACAAGCAAGACAGUGGCAAACUCUCAAAUGAAGAUAUGCUGAAGCUUCUAGCAGAGUAUAAGAAACCAGAGAAGACAAAAUUGCAGGUCAUUCCAGCCCAGUUAAAUAUCAUCAUCAAAGACAUCCCACUGGACUUCACAAAUUGUGUCACAGCUUCUUAUAUUCCUAUAAAACCUUUUGAGAAGGGCUGUGAGGACGUUGCAGUUGAAGUGGAGGAGCUUGUCCCAGAAGUUGCAAAAUACUGUUACCCCUUCACCGUGUACAAAAACCACCUCUAUGUCUACCCCCUGCACCUGAAGUACGAGAACCAGAAGGUGUUUGCAAAGGCGAGGAAUAUUGCAGUGUGUGUUGAGUUCAGGGACUCGGAUGACGCUGAUGCCAGGCCACUGAAGUGCAUAUAUGGCAAACCCGGGGGUCCUCUCCUGACAGCGAACGCGUACGCUGCCGUGCUGCACCACAACCAGAGCCCGGAGUUCUACGAUGAGAUUAAAAUUGAGCUUCCAAUUCACCUCCAUCAAAAGCAUCAUUUGCUUUUCACCUUCUAUCAUGUCAGCUGUGAAAUUAAUACAAAGGCAACAUCGAAAAAACAGGACACCGUUGAAACUCAAGUGGGAUACGCCUGGGUGCCACUGCUGAAGGACGGGCGCAUUGUCACCCUGGAGCGGCAGCUGCCCGUGUCCUCCAACCUCCCAGCCAGCUACCUGGGCCUUGCAGACCCCGAGUCACGCAAGCAGCCCAGUGUGGAUGCAAAGUGGGUGGAUGGAGCAAAGCCCCUGUUUAAAAUCAGAAUCCAUUUGGACUCGACCAUUUACACCCAGGACAUGCACUUGCACAAAUUCUUCCAGUACUGCCAGCUGGUUCAGGCAGGAGCCAAGGAAGUGCCAGGAGAGCUUGUGAAAUACCUCAAGUGUUUGCACGCGAUGGAGAUCCAAGUAAUGAUUCAGUUUCUACCUGUAAUUCUUAUGCAACUAUUUAGAGUCCUCACCAACGUGACGCAGGAGGAUGAAGUAGCUGUCAACUGCACCAUGGUUCUCCUGCACAUCGUGUCCAAGUGCCACGAGGAAGGGCUGGACCAUUACCUGCGCUCCUUCAUAAAGUAUGUCUUCCGAGCUGAGAAACCCAGUGCCAAACAGGCGAAGAUGACCCACGAAAUCCUGGUCCUUUCCAUGGCCACCAUCCUGAAGCAGUCGGCAGAUUUUCUGGCCAUCAAUAAGCUCCUCAAGUACUCGUGGUUCUUCUUUGAAGCGCUGGCAAAGUCCAUGGCAAUGUACUUACUGGAAGAAAACAAAAUCAAGCUGCCCAGAGGUCAGAGGUUCCCUGAGUCCUACCAGCACGCCCUGCACUCGCUGCUGCUGGCCAUCAUUCCUCAUGUGACCAUCCGCUAUAACGAGAUCCCUGAGGAGUCCAGGAAUGUCAACUUCAGCUUGGCUAACUUCCUGAAGCGUUGCUUGACAUUCAUGGACAGAGGAUUUGUUUUUAACUUGAUAAAUGAUUACAUUUCUGGAUUCAGCCCAAAAGACCCUAAGUUGCUGGUUGAAUACAAGUUUGAAUUUCUUCAAACCAUUUGCAAUCAUGAGCACUACAUUCCUCUGAACUUACCAAUGACCUUUUCCAAACCCAAGCUGCAAAGAGUUCAAGAUGUAAACCUCGAGUACACUUUAACUGAUGAGUAUUGCAGGCAUCACUUCCUCGUGGGGAUGCUUCUUAGGGAAGCCUCUGUUGCCUUGCAGGACAAUUACGACAUCCGAUACACGGCCAUCUCAGUCUUAAAAAAUCUCUUGAUCAAGCAUGCCUUUGACAACAGAUACCAGCACAAGGUCAGGCCUACUUUGUUGGCUUUUUAACAUAAUGUUGUUGAGUUUUAUGAAAAAAAAGCACGUAUCAGAGUUUUAGCUAUUGCAUGGUGCACCAAGGGUAUUCUAAUUGGUUUUUGGGGAACUGCUGUAAAUAACUGAUAGUUAUGGAAUAACAGUAAUAGCUCAGAAACCGUCUAGGAAAUAACUGCUUGCAUACUCAUGCUGAAUGUUUAGAUAAUUAAGCCCUAAGCCAUUAAGGAACUUGAGAGGGUCAUUAGCCAAGAGGUUGUUUGAGAAAAUUAAGCCAUGUUCUGGUCUUGGGCUUAAAUUAAUAUCCUGUAUUAAAAUGCUAUAAUCAGGAAACAGAGCUAAUCUCUGUUACAAG